AUGGAGAGCAUUCAGGUUGGUGAAAGAUCUCCUGCUCAUGCAACGGCUUCCACCCAACAUAGUCCUCCAUCAAUGGAGGAGGAAGUAGUUGGUUUUGAGGAUGAUGCAAAAAGCAUAAUUCAACAAUUGACUAGAGGAACAAAGGAACUAGAUAUUAUCUCGAUUGCUGGAAUGUCAGGACUCGACAAAACCACUUUGGCUAGAAAGGUGUUUUAUCAUUUUAUUGAUAAUAGGCACUUUGAUGUUACAACAUGGUGCUCUAUUUCAAAAGAAUAUAGCUCGACGAAGGUGUUCUCUGAGAUUCUUAAACAAGUUGUAGGCAACGAUAUAUGGGAAGCUAAGGCAUGGGAAGAGUUGCGAUUAUCUUUCCCAUAUGGUGAAGAUGGAAGCAGAGUAGUGGUAACAAUUCGAGAUGAACAAGUGGUUAGGCAGCUUAAGCUCCACAGCGAUCCAUAUUUUCUACGAUUUCUAGCAGUGGAUGAGAGCUGGGAAUUACUCUAG